AUGCGACGAGUCACCGAGCUGGCGUGCGCGGAGCAGCCGGGCGGCAGGCUCCCCGCGGCGGGGAGGCAGCAGCAGCAGCAGCCGCAGCAGCAGCAGGACGGUCCCACCGUGGACGAGUUCACGGUCCCGGAGGAGAAGGAAGAGGAGCUGAAGUGCGCCAAGCCUCGAGUGGAGCAGGUUUUCAAAGUGACGUUCACCAUCAUCGGGCUGCUGGACCACACGGGACAGCCGCACGGCAGCAAGACCUCCCGGCAGAUAUGGCUGCAGCUCCGGGGGAACAGAGACGACGCGUCCAAGGCAAAGGUGAAGUUUCCGUCAAAGCUGCCUCGCUCCCAUGUUCUUACCCCAACCCGAAGAUUCACCUGUGGUGGCUUCAUGUCACGUCUCCAUGUUGCCUGGUGUCUGGUGAACAGGUUGACCGGUCUGGGUCGUUUCCAUCAGUCGCUGAGGACGCCCUACACUCUGAAGCUGCCGAAUGAGCCGGGGCGUCCAGAGCUCAGACACAUUAUCAUUGAUGGCAGCAAUGUGGCUAUGGCGCACGGCCUUCAUCGGUUCUUCUCCUGUCGAGGCAUCGCUCUGGCAGUGGAGACAUUUUGGAAGCGGGGCCACAGAGAGAUCACAGUAUUUGUCCCCCAGUGGCGUCAGAAGAGAGACAGAUUCACAACAGAGCAACAUUUUCUAAACCAGCUGGAAGACCUGAGGCUGCUCUCCUUCACUCCGUCCAGAGAGGUCUGUGGUCAGAGGAUUUCCUCUCAUGAUGACAGGUUCCUGCUCCACCUGGCAGAAAAAACAGAUGGGAUCAUUGUUACCAACGACAACCUGAGGGACUUUGUCAACACCUCGGACACGUGGCGGAGAAUUAUUCAAGAGAGGUUGCUUCAGUUUACUUUUGUGGAGGACCACUUCAUGAUCCCUGAUGACCCUCUGGGUAAAAACGGACCUCACCUGGACGUCUUCAUGCGAAAAGAGAACAGAAGAGCUGCAGUCACCCCGCCCCCUCAGAGACCCCCAGACUUGCGGCCGACCUGCCAGCAGCAGCAGCAGCCUGUUUACGUCCAGGCCCUGCACUCCGCUCCUCGAACCCCCGCCUCCACGCCCAGGCCUCCUCCCUCCCUGAUGCCCCACCCCACAGCGCACUGGCCCCACUCUGGUCCCCCUGAAUGGCACCCACCACGCCGCUCACCCUCCCCGUCGCCCUCGCCUCCGCCACAGCGAUCGCCGGGGGAGACAUCGGAGCUGAAGAGGAAGCUGUACGACAUCUUCCCCGACCAGAAGCAGCGGAUCGACCGCAUCCUCAGCGACAACCCGUACAUGAGAGACCUGAACGCCCUGUCCGGGCUGCUGCUGGGAUAAAUGACUCUGCAGUGAGGAUCACACACAACGCAAACACUCACUCGCAAGGACAUAUGUACGUGUCAGCCUAAUAUAAUUUAUUUUGCCAUCUCUUCCAGCCUGGAGGACAUUCACAGUUGUUUUUGUUAUUAUAAUUUAACAUUAAGACUGAUCAUCAAACUAGCUGCUACCGGCAAAGACUAUUUUUUGGGAUGUUUUCCUCUUUUGCUCUUCCUCCUCUUUUGCUUUCCAGUCGAUCAACAAGAACAACACUGGCCUCUACAGAAUCAAAAGUGUUUAAUCACCAUUGUUGUCAAGCAGCAAACUCCACAUUGUUCCAAUUGUAAUAAAUCUAAAGGUCCCUCAACAAGAGUCCAGAGGUUCCAUGAACGUGGGACUAACACCGGGAGGAAACGUUUGGACCAAAGGUGGAGACCUGGUCUCGUGGGAUAGCGGCUGCAACUCUUAGCUUCUUUCUCCAAAACCGUAUUAAACCAUCAGACUUUCGACACUGGCAGGUUUUUGCAUGUUUUCAACACACGGCUUCCGCACACUGUCGGGCAGCAGCAGGGUACUGAACUUCACGUGAGUUAACUCACCGUGUCAGAAGUUCAGGGGUUCAACAUCCACUAAGGAAAUGUUUAAACUUACCGCACUUAAUCUCCUUGACGACGCAUUUACUGGUUCCGUUUAUUGAGGACGGCUGUGGUAUCCUUCGUCAGAGAUGUGGGGAUGAUGACAUCAUUGGCUUCACCUUCAAAUAAUUAUUAGUGUGAUUAUUGGACAGGAAUGCCAGAAGCAACUUUGAUUUAAAAAGCAGAGUAAUAACAUAUAAUCUUAUUAAAGAAACGCACUUAGACUUUUAUGGGCCAUUAUUUUGAGGCUGUAUAGAUGGGUAGUAACAGCAACCUGUAUUUUUUUAUAUAGAUAAUUAUUAUUAUUAUUAUUUCAGAAAUAGUUCACUUAUUGUAAAUAUCCAGACUGAGGUUGUCUCGUUUAUUAAAAGCAUUGCAGCACUGCCCAUCUCUACGCCCUCCGAAUGUUUCCUGUAUUUUCUGACCCGGCUCAAUCUACAUGAAGCUUUAAUUAACUCCUCCCCCCACAGUCAGAGUAAAGAUAACUGACACUUCCACACUUUUAUAAAAGACCAUUUCUUCUUCUCAACGAGGAUUUUGCUUUUUAAAUUCUUCCCUCGCUGAUGAGUGACACCUUUUCGGCCACAAACGUGUCAUUUAGAGAAAUAAUAUUAAUAUUUAAAAGGAAUGUUCGGGAAUUUGAGGAUCAUCAAUAUGAGGAAAGGCCCUGAGCUCAUGUUCUCCCUCACGAGAGACGUUAAAAAACCGAAUUCAGACGCUGAACCGGCCGUUGCUGCUCAGGCAAACUGUUUCUGAACAAUCGCUUCAACAAGAAUUUGAGUUCAAGUUCAAUUACAGAAUGAGUUGUUCAGGUUUGAGUCACCAUCAAACUGUGUUUUCAGGUGGAGGCAGUUACUAGUUCCUCAUCAGCGUUCUGUUCCGAGAACCUUCCCGAGUUAUCGGUCUUUGAAAACGUGUGCAUCUGACCUCGGAUGGAAACAAACACUACAGGAGUUUGGAUUUAAUCUUUUUGUUGAUUGAAUGAAAUGGCCCCUUUUUUUUUAAAUCUACAGUUUCUCACCCAAAAAAUUACUUUAACUGCAUUUGUAAUUAUUGUUAAUAGCUGAAUUAAAACCACUGAAAGGUAAAUAACAAUGUAGUGAGUUUAACACUGUGCCAUUGACGAAUCUUCAGAAAGCUUGUAGUGUUUUUCUACCCUCAUACACCCAGAGAACGUGGGGCUGCAGCUUGCAUAUUUAAUGUGCAUCUGAGUUUUGUACAAUACAAACACUUCAUCUCCUUGUAAGAAAAGAAUCUGCACAAAAAUCUUCACAAGGUGUCAAACAGUUCUGUUCAUACUUGCUUUGUUGUUGUGAGGAUUACUGAAGGACUUUAUUAUUAUAUUUCUUAGGUGUAUAUUCAUUUCCUU